AUGGACUUUCGUCAGAAACUUAUAUUUCACAAACUAAAGUCUUCUGGAUGGGACUAUAUCAAAUGGUAUGCAGAUUCAGCAAAGUUAGUUCCUGGUUGUACAAAUCCUUUGAUUUUAGCAGCACAACAAUGCCCAAACAUGGACGUAAUCAAAUUAAAAGUGGCUGUUGUCCUAAUGAUACCUUUAAUAGAUUUUUCCAAUAAAACAUUUGAUUUCUUAAGUCUACACAGUAUGAUAGAAACUGUUGAACAAAACCGUGAUGGCUUUUUAAAGGAAGUUUUUCAUGAAUACAGAUCGUUUUUGAAUUUUGAUAUUUAUGAUUCUAAAACGACCUCGUUCAGUGUAAAAUUAGUUGAAAUCGGUGGAUUAGUUGGAAUUGUCUGGUCUCAUUGCAAAAAUGCAGACAUUCGAAUAUAUCUAUGUUUGGGAACGUAAAUCAUAUUAUAUUUAUUGUUAAUUCGCCUACACGUUGGGUUUUAUGUUGUUUGUAUCAUUGGUUGUUAAAACAAAAGUUACAAAUAUUAUUCAUGAGUUGGUAUGCAAAAACUGCGAAGCAAAAACACAAUUUUCAAAAUGAGUGCUUUCUUUUUUUUAUACAUAUUUUGAAUCUUC